AUGAGGAAGAAAGGACCCCUGGAACAAGGGUGCAAGGAAAGAGUCAAUGCCUGCGUAGAUGUGGUCCUCUCUGGUGUGAAGCUGUUGCAGGCGCUUGGUCUUGAUCCUGGGAAUGGGGAAGAUCAUGCUGUUCUGAAUUCCAAAAAGGACCUGAAAGAAGCGUUUUCUCAUUUCAUGCAAAAAGGGGCAGCUGCUGAGCGCUUUUUCAGUGAUGCAGUGUCUUUCCAUCACAUUGCACAGGCAGCCUCUGAGUACCCUGGAGCACAGCUCUAUGUGGGAGGAAACGCUGCUCUAAUUGGCCAGAAGCUUGCAACAAAUCCACACCUGAAGGUCCUUCUUUGUGGCCCAGUUGGUCCUAAGCUCCAUGAACUACUUGAUGAUAAUGUAAUUGUCCCACCAGAAUCUAUGCAGGAAACUGAUGAAUUCCACCUUAUUUUGGAGUAUCAAGCAGGUGAAGAAUGGGGACAGACGAGAGCUCCCAAUGCCAACCGUUUUAUUUUCUCUCAUGAUCUGUCAAAUGGUGCCAUGAAUAUGCUGGAGGUGUUUGUGGCGAGCCUGGAUGAAUUUCAACCAGACCUUGUGGUACUCUCAGGCCUUCACAUGAUGGAAGGACAGAGCAAGGAAAUGCGUGCAAAGAGGCUAUUGGCGGCUGUGACUUCCCUCUCAGAUAUCCCCACUGAUAUUCCUAUACACCUGGAAUUGGCCAGUAUGACUGACCAGGAUCUUAUGAGCAAGAUUAUGCUUCAGCAGGUCUUUCCCCUGGUGAACUCUAUUGGGCUAAAUGAACAAGAACUGUUGUUCCUGACUCAGUCAGCUGCUGGUCCUCACGCCUCCCUGACCUCCUGGAAUGGAGUUCCAGAUGUGGGCAUAGUCAGUGACAUCCUGUUCUGGAUCCUGAAAGAGCAUGGAAGGACCACAGACAAACUGUCUGAUCUUACCCGCAUCCAUUUCCACACACUGGCCUACCAUGUCCUUGCUACUGUGGAUGGGUAUUGGGGUAACCAGAUUGCAGCUGUGGCUGCUGGAGCCAGAGUGGCGGGGACACAGGCUUGUGCCACUGAGACCAUUGACACUGACAAAGUCUCUCUUAAAGCUCCCCUGGAGUUUGUGACCUCCCAGACAGAGACAAACACCAAAAUCUCUCUCAAUCCAGGGGAGCCAGUGGCACACUGGCAGAGGGAGGGCAUCUCAUUUCAUUUCACCCCUGUUUUGGUGUGCAAAGAUCCCAUCCGGACUGUGGGACUUGGAGAUGCUAUUUCAGCUGAAGGACUCCUGUAUUCAGAAAUAUAUCCUCAAUAGACUAUGGAAACAAGACCCCCUUUUCAUCCAAGUCUACAUGAUGUCUGAGGCACCACUGUGUUCUCAUAGGAUUCCAGACUUUAGGGGUGUUAAUCAGUCUCUGGAUAUAACCUGAGAAGAGCCAAAGAAUAAUUCCAGGUAUAAACAUUCCAGCCACUACCUGGCAGUGACUUGAGAAGAUUUCUCAUUUUAAUGUAGAGGUUUUAGUAUUUUAAUGUGGAGACCAGCUUUUCUUUGUCUUCAGCUUGUCAUGGGGAGGGAAACUGGUAUCAGAAUCCUUGUUUGGUAAUUUGUUAAUUUGAGCCAGCCUUGUCUGUAGCGCUUGAAUGCAUGGCAGCCAAAUGGAGAAUUUCACGCCUAUGGAUCUCAGAGAGAACACAGCAGUCCUCAGCCCUGCCUUGCUUCUGAUAAAGCAAAAAAUAAAAGGAUCUUGCUUUAUCUUCUAGCAGCAUAUUGCUACAUGGCAAGAGGAAGCCUUCCACUUGCUUGGUAUUAUGAUUAAAUUGUUUAUUGACACAAUUACCUCUCAUCCUGAACACCCCAAACAUUGGAGGAAGCCAGAGGAAAGUGCUGAACUGUGAUAUGUACUGUACUGGCUCCCCCAGAUGCAUGGAGCUGGAGAGAUCCUGAUUGAAGAUUAUAUAGGUUGUUUGGCUACCGGUCCCCUGUGUAAUUGGGGAUACUUAAAUGCACCCAUGUUUUCUGCCUUUUUGGUUUCUGGGUAGGUCUGUGUAAGACAAUCAAUCACGCUUAAUAUUUUCAGAGGUUGUUUAGUUACUUAUCUUCAAAGUGAGCCAUGAAACUAAACCCGCAUUAGCUAUCUGGAACCACCCUGCUUUUCAGCCAGUGAGGUUCAUGCCUUUUUCAUCUGUAUGUUUGUUAGUUUUUGCCUAACCUCGUCCUCCAGUUCGUGAAUAACUACUGCUGCUGAAUACUUGUUUUGGGGGGGUUUUUUGUGCCAGCACAAUCAUAUAAUGCUCUUGGGCCAGCUUAUCUUACAUGAUGAGGGGGACAUGUUCUUCUGGGUGGUCUCUCUGGAGACAGAAGUCAUUUUUGUUUACAAAAUAGCUGAACUGCACUAUCCUUGGCACGUUAAAAUUUCUCCUCAGCCAGUGGUCACAGAUGCAAGGAGGAAGCUUUUCAGUCAGAUUCGGGGAAUGUUUGUUUCUGCGUGUACACAAUUUAUUAUUAGGGGCUCAAGUGUGGAUAUAAUUCCACUGCUUAAGUCACAAAAAAGGUAUGCAUGUCUCAUCAUUUGAUGCAUAAGAGGACUGCUUUGUAUCACAGCAUAUCUUGCUGAGAAGUCAUUUAUGAAACAUUUCCAUUUUCAUCCUGGUACUAGCAUCUCCUAUUUCUAACACUGUAACAGGAACUUCUACAAGAGGCUUUUCAGAAACUCUGGGCAUCUCCUUACACAGAUGUGAAAUAUGAAUUGACUUUGAUUGUAAAUUCCAUAUGAUUGGCAUGUCUGGGAGAUCCUAGAUUAUAAAAUAAUUAGUGGUAGGGGCUCGGAGCCAGCAUCCAUAUCUCUGUUGCAGAUGGGAUCAAUCCAGUAUUGCAGAGGUCAACGCUGCAAUCUGAUUCACUGUUGCUCUAAGUAGCAGUUUGUUCCAGGCAAAAACAAAACUGCUACAAGGGUCAUAGACUCUUAGAAGUAGAGACGGACAGACAAACUGAGGAGGUCAGUGUGAGGAUAAAACUUGGCAGCUCUUACAAGCCCUUCCAAACACAACAUGUGGAGGUGUUCACAAAGCAACCAUUGCUGGCUUCUCCAGGUUUCAGAGGUAACAGAAUGGUGCUAAACACUUUCUGAGGAAAGUCCCCUGUAGCACAAAGGCCGGACAAAAAAAUUGGCUCUGUAGUGUGCACUUGUAGUUGCUGUCUUGUACUAGUUUUGUCUUGGGUUUGAUGCUCAUUUCAGUGAGGCUUCUUAAUUACGUGGACAUUUCUUUUGUUAGUGUGAUUGUGCAGUAUUUUGCAGCCCUUGAACAUGUAUUGAAUGAACUCUCAACAAUAGAGUCUUAAUCUUAAAAGGAAUGUUGAGCAACAUACAUCCUGCCUUUAUUCGUCUCCUUAUUUUGUGUUUAUGAGGGUCUUUCUAAGCCAGUAAUACCUUUCUCUCUUGGACUUCUUGUAACUUGUAGGAGCUGUGCUGUUCUGUGUUACCACUUAAUGCUGGAAAACUAGUCUCUGCACUGAGUGUGGGCAGGAGUCAUGCACUGCUUGAAGGCUUGGCAGCUUAAAAUUAAUGUUUGCUGGCAACUUUCACAGCCACCAGAUUCAAUUAGUGAGAAUGAUCCCUAAUAAAUGUGACUUGAUGAUUCAUAAAUUUUACUGCCAUCUCCCUGGCUCUCUUUCGAAACAAUCCAAAAGAUAGCAAGGGUGAAGCUCUGGAAAGCAGCACCCUACAGCUUUGUUCCAUAUUUUCUUAUUUUCUGUGCCCUAAAGCAAAUCACAUCUGCUUUGUAGACCAAACAGUGGAACGUAAGAACAUAAAAUUAACGCCAAAUAUUUGUCCUAUGUUGUAACAUUGUGUCUACAACUUCCUUGUUGCUGUGCACAACAGCAUUUAGUGUCAGCUGAUCAAAACCCCUUGCUAGUUUGAAUAGAAUUUGCUGAACAGUAGAAAUGGAGAGGUGUGGGGAAAGCUCUAGACAGCCCUAGGCGGGCAUUUCAGUUAUCCCUGCUGCAGUACCAUUGAUGCCAGCUCUAAAAUACUGUGAUCAACACUGCCUUAUUGCUAGGAAAUGGUCUAGAACAAUUUUGAAACAUGAGUUAGCUCUAUUCUGUGAGCAUUUCCCCCAAAUUACAUUUGAUUUCCUCUCCUCCCCCAUCCUUCUUUCCUUUCUUUGUGGAACAUACAAGCUCUGCAUUGUGGGUACACAGAUAGGAGUCAGUAUGUUAGCUGGACAAGGAAAAAUUAAAUGGAGAAGCAGAGAUGUAUUGAAAUCAUGAUUAAAACUACCUGGGUUUUCAUACACAUUUUUUUCUGUCUCCUCUUCUCUUCCUUCCUCUGCUUUUAAUCAUGCCUUGAAACUCUCACCGGUAGAUUAGUCAAAGCUUGAUAAGCAUGAGGCUUCUGAAAAAGCAGCUUUCCAGACAGUAAUCUACAUUCCUAAGUAGCAUGCUCAAGAAUUGUCAGUGGCAUUGAUGAGUACCCCUCAUGUCCUCAUGGACAACAGCAUGGUGUUGAGCCAGCCUACCAAUGGGCGCGCGUGUGUGUGUGUGUGUGUGUGUGUGUGUGUGUCUGACUGAGAUGCUGGGGAGUGUUGUUGAUUUGUUCACUUAUGCAUAUUUGAAUCCCAUGGGGAAGAAGCUUCCUGUGUUUCCUAUGUUCAAUCAAAACAAACCACCAUUCAAACCUUGUUUUAAAAAAAAGGAAGUUUUUGGUAACACUGCAGUAGUGUGUUUGCUUGUAAAGAUCAUAUGCUGAGUAGCCUUGGACUUGCAGAGCUGAUUACUGUCAAGAUGGCAAUGUGUAACCUCUCCACAGUGCUCUUUGUGAUGUGAUUGCUGCUCUGCUGGGGGGAGCCCAGUUCAAAUGGGAUCCAAAGACUCCUUUUUAUAGACUGCUUCCCUGCCCUACAAAGAUGCUCAACAUGUGUCUGAGUCGCAAUGUUUUUGGUUCUAUUAAUCUUCUCCUCUGUGACACAGAAAAGCUGAUUAGGGCCACACGUCCUUUACUAGCUUUAAAAAACAAAACAUUGCCAUUUGCCUUGGCUUUUAGCCUGUCUCUGCAGAGACUCCUCCAAUGAUUGAACUUUAUCUGUUGUUGACACUUUAUAAUCUCAUCCUGCCCUCUGCUGCAGUUGUGGAGAUGCCAAGCCUUUUUGUCUGCAGACCCCUGUUUCCUUUGCCAACACUUAAAGUGAAACCAUCUGCAGCAUUUUCUCAUCAUUUGUUCAUGCUUAUUAUUUUAUGAAUGGCUGGCUUAAGUUAUGGUCAGUUUUGGUUUUCUUUUUUUUAAAUGAAGUGUACUGCAAGGGACUGUAAGAGAAAUAAAGGGCAUAUCCUAUGUUAGACUCUGAAAGCCACGUGAUGGCUGUGCUUAGCUGUUUCACACAUUGUAAUUAUGAAUAAUGACUGAGUAAUUAUGUACCACAGGCAGUUUUCCAAUCAUGGACUAAAACUUGUUUAAAUGAUUACUGGGAACAGACUUGAGAGUAUGACAAAGAUAGCAUAAUCCAUUCUGGUUACAGUGAUAAGAUGUACCGUACUAAUGUUAAUGCCAUCACACUCUUGGAGUGUGCUGCUUAGCUGGAAG